AAGCUGUGUUUAUAUAGUUUAGGUGUAAAAUAAAUGAUGUUUUCGGUGGAGAUCGAAAUACAGCCAAUCUCUUCUCUUCUGAGUUUACAGACACACAAACACACACUCUCUCUAGAGAUAUAAACGUUUAAUCGGCUGUCGGCAUGUAUGUAUGUAUGUAUGUAUAGGCGAUUCCUUCCGUUUCCUCAAUUUUCAUUUUUGAUCUAAAUUCCGUCACGUGUUGGUGGAGUGGUAAAACCCCGGAUCCUGUUCGAUUUGGAUUGGUUCGGGUUGUAUUCUGUGGAAUUGCCGGUUUUGUUAUUGGAUCUCUGUGUUUAUUAGCUAGCUCGGAUCAAUUAAGGUUAGGUCUGAUUGAAUGGCUUCGAAUCCUCCAUUUUCUGUGGAGGAUAAUACAGACGAAGAUUUUUUCGAUAAAUUAGUGAAUGACGACGACGAUGUGGAUUUUAAAGCCACCACAUCGCCGGAAUCUGGGGGCAAUCAUGCCUUCACGAACGGGAAUGAGUCAGAUGAGGCUAAUGCUUUUGCAAAUUUGAGUAUCAAUGAGGUUGAAGAUCAUGGUGAGGUCAAUGCUAAACAGGUCUUCAGUAGUGAUCUUAGCGCAGUUGAUGAUUUAAGUGCAAAAGGGGAGACGGUUGAGCAGAUUAGCAAAAAGGAAACAAGGGAUGAAAGGGGAAUUCCUUUGGUAUCAGCUGAUUCAUUUGAAUUUAGUAACUUGGUACAAAAAGAGGGAAAUGGAAAUGACGGUGCUAUUGUUUUGCACAAUGCUAACAGUGGUAAUACUGAUAAUGUGGGUGUCUCUGACGUGCCAAUGCUGAGCGAGACUAGUAGCGGAUUAGAAGCAACUGGAGUGAAAGAAGUUGCUUGGGGUUCCUUUGAGAAGGAUUUGGUUCAGAAGGAUAGUAAUGCCUUUGGAUCAUACUCAGACUUUUUCACUGAAUUUGAAGGGGACCGUCCCAUUGAUGCAUUUAGCAACACAGCGGGGGUUACUUCAAAGAAUGGGACACAAGAUGCCAUUGGAAAUGAUGUACAGGGAACCAAUUAUAUGGGUAAUGUAGACAGUUACGGGCAGUACAGUAAUGCACAGAAUGGUGGUGUUGAAGCAGAUCAGAGUUCAUCUGUGCAGGAUAUGAAUAGCACCCUGUACUGGGAAAGUCAAUAUCCAGGUUGGAAGUACGACUACAGUACUGGGCAAUGGUAUCAGAUUGAUGGCUAUGAUGGUGUUUCUAGUGUGCAAGGAAAUGCCGACUCUAAUGUAACUUCUACAUGGGAAGAGGCCGCUACAACAGAGACUGUUUCUAAUUGGAAUCAGGCCUCUCUGGCAAGUGAUGCCAUGGAAACGACAAACUGGAAUAAGGUGUCAGAAGUGAGUGGUGAUAGCAGUGUGGUUUCAACAGACUGGAAUCAGGCUUCUAACAAUAAUAAUGGUUACCCAGCUCAUAUGGUCUUUGAUCCUCAGUACCCUGGAUGGUACUAUGAUACUAUUGCCCAAGAAUGGCGUGCUUUGGAGUCAUACACCCAAUCAGCGCAGUCUACUGCUCAAGUUCACGAUCAGAUGAGUAAGGAUGAUAAUUUAUCUACUGAUACAUUUUCUCAAAAUAACACUCUGAAGGCAAGCAGUUUGUAUGAUCAAGGUAAUAAUUACAAUCCUCAAGGCUUUGGCAGCCAAAGCCCAGAUCAGAAUUGGUUGGGAUCAGUCAACAACUACAACCAGCAGAACUUAAGUCUGCAUGGAAAUCAACAAAGUAAUGUCCAAUAUUAUGAGAAUCUAAGCCAGCAUCAAAACGACUAUUCCAUGCCUUCCCAGUUUGUUGGUGGAAACUUCAGUCAACAUUUCAAUGACUCCAAAGUCAAGCAAAAUGACCCGAGAUACUUUUCAAAUGACUAUUAUAGUCAAAACCCCAUGAACUUCUCUCAGCAACAGAAUCAGAAUACUCAAGUGACAUACAUUCCAGCAUUGGGAAGGUCAUCUGCUGGUCGUCCUGCUCAUGCUUUAGUUGCCUUUGGUUUUGGUGGCAAGCUCAUUAUGAUGAAACAUAACUGCUCUAAUCAAAAUUUGAAUUUUGGGAGCCAGAAUCCUUUGGCCGGCUCAAUAUCUGUCCUCAACUUAUCAGAAGUUUUGACUGGAAACAUUGAUGCUGUAAACCAUGGAAGGGGUGUAAGUACUUAUUUCCAGGCUCUCUACCAGCACACUCUUCCAGGUCCUCUUACUGGUGGAAGUGUGGCCACUAAGGAGUUGAAUAAAUGGAUUGAGGAAAGGUUAUCAAAUUCUGAGCCUGCAGAUAUGGAUUACAGAAAGGCUGAAGUAUUGAGGCUGCUCCUGUCACUAUUAAAAAUAGCUUGUCAGUAUUAUGGAAAACUUCGAUCUCCUUAUGGCACGGAUGCUGCGAUGAAGCAGGAAAACGAUGCCCCAGAAUCGGCAGUUGCCAAACUGUUUGCUUCUGCUAAAAGAAAUGCUUUACAGUUUAAUCAGUAUGGCAAUGUUACACAAUGCUUGCAGCAACUUCCAUCUGAAGGACAGUUGCAGGCCACUGCUGCCGAGGUUCAAAAUCUUCUGGUUUCUGGAAGAAAGAAGGAGGCUUUACAAUGUGCACAGGAGGGACAGUUGUGGGGUCCUGCCCUUGUUCUUGCUGCUCAACUUGGUGAUCAAUUCUAUGGUGAAACUGUCAAGCAAAUGGCACUUUGCCAAUUAAUGGCUGGAUCACCCUUGCGAACAUUGUGCCUGCUCAUUGCUGGCCAACCGGCUGAUGUCUUUUCUGCAGAUACUACAGCUGUUAACAACAUGGCUGGUGCUGUAAAUGUGCCUCAACAACCUACACAGUUUGGAGCUAAUUGCAUGCUGGAUGACUGGGAAGAAAAUUUGGCUGUGAUAACUGCAAAUAGAACAAAGGACGACGAACUUGUGCUUAUGCAUCUUGGUGAUUGUUUGUGGAAGGAAAGAACUGAUAUAAUUGCUGCUCAUAUAUGCUAUUUGGUUGCGGAAGCUAGCUUUGAGCCGUAUUCGGACAGUGCAAGAAUGUGUCUCAUCGGUGCAGAUCACUGGAAAAAGCCACGGACGUACGCAAGUCCAGAAGCAAUUCAGAGAACAGAGAUAUAUGAGUAUUCAAAGACACUUGGGAACUCUCAGUUCGUCCUACUUCCAUUUCAACCUUAUAAGUAUGUAUAUGCACUCAUGUUGGCCGAAGUUGGAAGGACGACUGAUGCACUGAAGUACUGUCAAGCGGUACUAAAAUCGCUUAAAACUGGUCGAACACAGGAGCUGGAGUAUCUGAGGAAUUUAGUUUCAUCCCUUGAGGAAAGGAUUAAAGCUCAUCAACAGGGAGGAUUCUCUGUAAACUUAGCUCCCAAGGAAUUUAUUGGUAAAUUGCUAAACCUUUUUGAUAGCACUGCACAUCGGGUUGUUGGGGGCCUGCCACCCCCUAUACCAACACAAGGUGGUGCAGUUCAUGGUAAUGAGAAUAAUUACCAGUCCCCCAGAGUAUCAAGUAGUCAAUCGACAAUGGCUAUGUCUUCAUUAGUUUCUCAAUCUAUGGAGCCUAUAAAUGAUUGGGCAGCUGAUAACAAAAAGACUCUGCACACAAGAAGUGUUUCAGCACCUGACUUUAAAAGGAGUCCAAUGCAGAGUCAGGCUGAACCACCAAAAGAAGCAAAUUCUGCUAGCACAGAGGACAAAGCACCAGCAGCUAGCAGUACGUCUCGCUUGGGUCGUUUUAGUUUUGGAUCUCAGCUAUUUCAGAAGACUGUUGGUUUAGUACUCAAACCACGAGGCCGCCAGGCAAAAUUGGGUGAUACAAAUAAGUUUUAUUAUGAUGAAAAACUCAAGAGAUGGGUGGAGGAAGGUGUUGAACCUCCUGCACCUGAAGCAGCUCUUCCACCACCACCCAAGGCUUCAGUUUUUCAGAAUGGAGCAUCAGAGAAGAGUUUCUUGCAAAGUGAGCCUCCUCAUAACAAUGGGAAUCAAGAAUUUUUAAGCCCAGGCACUAUGGAUAACAGUUCAGGAAUGCCCCCACUUCCUCCGACAGCCAAUCAGUACUCAGCACGUGGAAGGAUGGGUGUUCGCUCUAGGUAUGUUGACACUUUCAACAAAGGUGGUGGGAACACAGUAAGUGGGUUCUCGCCUUCUGUACCUUCUGCCAAACCUGCGGACGGCGCCAACCCAAAAUUCUUUGUUCCGGCACCAGUAUCCCAUGGUGAGCAGCCAGUUGUUGACACGCAUGUAGAAGAAAAGCAAAACGCUUCAUUCACUACUUAUGAAGAUCCUCCCUCCCCUUCAAAUGACUCAUUCUAUUCGCCUCGUCUCUCAGCUUCCAUGGCGCCAAUGCCAAGAUUUGGAAGCAUGAAUAACAUAUACAACAAAGGGGCGAGUGAUAGUUCCUUUACGCCACACUCACGGCGUACUGCUUCAUGGGGCGGGAGCUUAAACGACGCAAUGAGCCCUCCAAAUAGGACGCAAUCUGCAGGAGAGUCGGUAGGUAUGCGUCCUCCAUCUUUCAUGCAAAAUGACAGUUUCGGAGAAUAAUAGUAAUGAGAAAUCAAACUCAGAACCCCUCGAGAUGUACAUAACAAAUUUUGCCAUACAGCCGCCGAGCCUGCUCAAUUCACAGAUCCACAAUUUUCUUUCUUUUUAUUUUCUUUCAUAGUUUCUUUAUACUCCAAAAUAUUCCAAUUUUAUGUGUAAUGUUUUUAACAUUGUAUGUUAAAUGUUGCUUGGUAGCCUACUGUAUCUGGUCGCGGGAAAGUAAAAGUGUGCGAACUGUACAUUUGAUUUGUUUAUUUAUUUGAGAGAGGAAUAAUCGGAAUUUUGGUAAGUUAUAACAGUUGAACAAGAGGUAACAUUUUGUUUCA